AUGCCGGGCACUGUGGCGACGCUGCGGUUCCAGCUUCUGCCCCCGGAGCCAGAUGACACCUUCUGGGGGGCACCCUGUGAGCAGCCCCUGGAACGCAGGUACCAGGCGCUCCCGGCCCUCGUCUGCAUCAUGUGCUGUCUGUUUGGAGUCAUCUACUGCUUCUUUGGUUACCGCUGCUUCAAGGCAGUGCUCUUCCUCACGGGGUUGCUGUUUGGCUCCCUGGUCAUCUUCCUGCUGUGUUACCGGGAGCGGGUGCUGGAGACCCAGCUGAGUGCGGGGGCCAGCGCAGGCAUCGCACUGGGCAUUGGGCUGCUCUGCGGGCUGGUGGCCAUGCUGGUGCGCAGCGUCGGUCUCUUCCUGGUAGGGCUACUGCUGGGUCUGCUGCUCGCCGCUGCCGCCCUGCUGGGCUCCGCACCCUACUACCAGCCAGGCUCGGUGUGGGGCCCACUGGGGCUGCUGCUCGGAGGUGGCCUGCUCUGUGCCCUGCUCACACUUCGCUGGCCCCGCCCUCUCACCACCCUGGCCACAGCUGUGACUGGUGCUGCACUCAUCGCCACUGCUGCUGACUACUUCGCUGAGCUGCUGUUGCUAGGGCGCUAUGCAGUGGAGCGGCUGCGGGCUGCCCCUGUGCCUCCACUCUGCUGGCGGAGCUGGGCCCUGCUGGCACUCUGGCCACUGCUCAGCCUGAUGGGCGUCCUGGUGCAGUGGCGGGUGACUGCCGAGAGAGACUCCCACACAGAAGUGGUCAUCAGCCGGCAGCGACGACGUGUGCAACUGAUGCGAAUUCGGCAGCAGGAAGAACGAAAGGAGAAGCGGCGAAAGAAGAGACCCCCACGGGCCCCCCCAAGAGGAACCCGGGCUCCUCCAAGGCCCGGGCCCCCUGACCCUGCUUAUCGGCGCAGACCAGUGCCCAUCAAACGCUUCAAUGGAGAUGUCCUCUCCCCGAGUUACAUCCAGAGCUUCCGGGACCGGCAGACAGGGAGCUCACUGAGCUCCUUCAUGUCCUCACCCACGGAUGCUGACUUUGAGUAUGGGUCCCAGGGGCCGCUGGCAGCCUGCUCCGGGCCCCCUGUGAGAGUAUAG